ACAAGCCUGGACAAAAUACUGAUUGGUGUUAUUCAUUUUAAGUUUAGUUCUCUUGAAAACUUAGUAACUUCGAAUAGUUAUGGAGCUCAAUAGUUACCCUUCGGAAAAAAGAACACGGUCGAACCCGGAACAGCUGGGGUCAGCAAUCAACCCAAUUAGUACAUCGCACGUUGAAACAUCAGUUGAACAGGUACAACUAAUGGUUGAACCAGAUAUAUCAGCCCGAUCAUCUGCGAAAUUUGUAAAACAAUCAGGAGUUGUUUUGUUUGAUAAUCCAAUUGAUAAGUUUAACUGUGGAUCUCCUUUUGUUCGAGUUGAUGCCGCAAUGAAUGAGAAAGAAGUUGAAACUUUGGUUAAUGAAACAAUUCAUGGAAAAUGGCAUCUGCCGAAGCCUUCGUUGAUCGUAUCUGUGACGGGUGGAGCAAAGGACUUCAACAUGAGGAAAAAGUACCACGACAAGCUGAAACAAGGUCUACAAAGAGUAGUGGCUACGGAAGGUGCUUGGCUAAUUACUGGGGGAACAAAUGCUGGCAUCAUGAAGAUAUGCGGGGAAGCAGUGAGGGACAACAAACUGAGUUACUUUUCCUUGCCUGAUAAAAAAAACCAAACAGUUGCAAUUGGGAUAGCGACAUGGGGAACAAUUCCUGGUCGCGAUGAGUACUUGACGCCCAAACCUAAAACUAAGGAGCAUAAGACAGGCUAUCCAAAACCAGAUAAGGGGGUGGGACUUGACCCCAAUCACACACACUUCAUUUUCGUGGACGACGGAUCAACCGAUGAGUUCGGUAAAGAACAAGAACUGAGAGGCCAGAUCGAGAAAAAGUUAUACACAAAAUGGGUUAAUGAAAAAAGUGAUGGAGAAAAAGAAUUCGAAAUCCCAAUCGUCUGUGUAAUGGUCGAGGGGGGGAAAGGAUCUAUUGAUACAGUCAGGAAUGCUCUAAAGAACAACACCCCUUGUGUGAUCAUCAAUGGAUCGGGGAGGGCCGCUGAUGUGCUGGCUUAUGCGGUUAAAAUGAAGGAGAAGUACCCCAAAGACGAUGAAAAGAAAAAAGUUCGAAGUCUGAUUAAAAAAAAAGCAGAGAGUGACUUGAAACUGAAGAAUUCACCAGACCAGUUGGAAGAGUGUGUGGAUUGGUUGAUUGAGUGUUUGAAAACGCUGAGCAAAAUCCGCAUUUUCGAGUUUAAUGAAGACGACGGAGACUAUGCAGGCGACCUUGGUAAUGCAAUUUUGCAGACUUUUCUGGAGAUGCGGGCAAAACAGAAGCAACGGGAAGUAUUUGAAAAUCAAUUGAGUCUAUCCAUAAAAUGGAAUCAACCCAAAAUUGCUGAAAAAAUUUUAGCGAGUCAGAUAAUAAAAGAAUCAACCGACAAGAUGACUUCUAUCGAAAAUUUUUUAGAAAAUUCUUUGAUUGGAAACAAAAUAGAAUUCGUGAAAAUUUUUGCUGAAUUCGUGAACUGGGAUACGUUUUUAACUGAACAAAAACUUGCGAAGCUUUACAAGGAUUCUUUACAGUUAGUAACGUCGGAAAAGUAUUUGCAGAAAGUUUUGAAAAUAAGCGAUAUACAAAAAUGUAAUCAGCCUUCCUUGAAAAGUAUUCAAGAUGCCAUUAGGAUGUUUACGAACACAGAUUACACACCUGAAUGUUUGAAAGGCACACCUGAAUCAUCCACCUCAACGCUUACCUCAAGAAAAAGGCAACCACACAUUGACCUUUUUGUUUAUUCAAUUGUCUUUGCUCGCUCAGAGGCCAGCGAGUUUUUCUGGACAAUGUUGCCAUGUAAAACUUCAGCGGCGCUUUUUGCUGCAUUAGUUCUAAAGACAAUCUUGAAAUCGACUGCCGCAAGUCUUGACAUGGACUUGCAGUGUCGGAUCGAAAUAUUGAGUAAAACGUAUGAAGAAAAAGCGAAAGAAAUCAUGAACAAUUGUUACAAGGUGAACGCCGAACACUGUCACAGCAUGUUAAAAGUCGAGCAUGAUUCUUGGGGCAAAAAAACGUGCCUCGACUUGGCCAUUCAAGCACAUUGCAGGAGUUUCCUUGCUCAGGACGGUUGCCAGACUUUAUUCCGGAAAUUUUGGCUCGGCGAAGUGAGCGAUCGCAAUCAUGUUUGGAAAAUUAUAGGAGCUACAUUGCUGCCUAUUUUUGUCAUAUUGCUAUUGUUUGAUGACGAUGAUUCCUCAGAGAAAGCAAAGUUAGAUGACCAACGAAAAAAGACAUCCGAAAAUGUCAAUGAACCGCAGGCAGGGAUUUGUCUUUCAAAUAGGUACUUAUAUUCCAAUCAUGAGUGUAAUCUUCCCGGCAAAAAAAAGUUUCAACGCGUUUAUGAAUGA